GACCCAGGUGUAGAGUAGCAAAAUCAUAAAGGGCUAGGGCAAUAGUAGCUUGCAAAAAAGUUAACUUCAUAGUUAUUUGGAAAGAUCUUGCGUGCGAAAUUUGUACGGUUUAUCUGCUUUGUACUUUUAAAUAUCAGUUUGAUGUUGGUACAUGAGAAGAUAUAAGAACCUAACUACGUUUUCCAGGACGAGACAGAAACAUUAAGGACAACAUGCCGAUCUUUGUAAAAGAGGUUUGCGCAUUGCCAACAACAGCAUGGUCGCUGUGGCCGUCUGUGUCUUUCCUUGUCAGCAUAUUUGCCACCAUUUGCCUUGGAAAUACAGGUUUGACCGAGGCUGCCAUCACGCCGGCAACGAGGAGCACCACUGCUGCUGUCACAAUUAAGACUCCUGUCUAUUUUUUCAAUUUGUAGUAAUUUCUAAUGCUCUUUACUUGGUGUUUACUUAUUAUAGUACAAGAACCUAUAAGAAGCCCCUACACCUCGACCAGGACAGGUUGAUAUGAAGAUGAAGCACUCGUUUUGAAAGAACACGUUGAGGUGAAGGCUUUCAUGGUUAUCUGCGGCUGCGGGAACCUUGUUAGCUGUGGUGGCGUCUCCUCACUCCUGAUUUAAAUUCAUCUCGUCUCCUUCGUGCAGACGAUUGUUCAUUCUACUUACUUCGAAGACACCAAAGAUACGCGCCAGAUAAUGAAUUACCAGUCUGGCUAACCCUAAUUUGAGUGGUUCGCUUGCUGAGCCUUCUUCUUCUGCCGGUCACCGUGGUUCUCCUGCCAGUCCUCAUGCAGCUUUCGGCGUCACCGAGGCCGUUCUUGUGCAAGAUGGAAGGGACUCACACGACGAACAACCCCGACCCCAGCGCACUGCUGAAGUAGAUGAAAGGUUAUGGACCGACCCAGAAAGAAUUCAAUUAUAAAUCUGUCGGCUGCUGCGGCCUCCUCAGCACCAUCCUUCUUGGCCUCUUUUUCAAAAGAAAAAAGAAGUGUCCGAGGAUAUGGCUCUCAAGAAGGACGUGACACGGUCGCUCUAAUUCAAGCGCGCCCGCCACAGCAAGGACUUUACGAGCGUCUCCGAGAAGAAGAAGUGCGGCAGAGGGGCAGCGUGCCUCGAGUGCUCCGCGCGCAUUCCUCCCGGGUCCAUCUAAUACUAAGGCUUACCCUAAUCCAUCCGGUAUCUAUCAUCAUGCAUCGACAUCCAUGUCCAUGGAGUAUGAAAUGCCUGUUCCUGUAAUAACCGGGACUCCACAUUGCCUUCUUUUGCAAUAGAACAUCACUCAGAGAUAACCUGAAGAUGACCAUCUGAGAGACGAAAAGAAGUCGAAGAAGAGAUUGAUUCUUAGCGAGUUGAUCUGUAUCUAUGAUGCAUUUCCAUUUUUUACGCAUCUUCUAAUUGUACCCCUUCCACAUAGCCCUCUUGCUUCCUCGGACUCGUCAUCUACCCCGGAUCCUGGGGCCUCGUCCACUACCAAGUUUUUAUCGGUACUACAGUGCAUCAUGUAGUGCAUCAGGUUCAAAAGAUUAAAAUUCUCUCUAUAUUACAUGGUUUCUAGUAACUCAUCUAGAAGCGACGUCCAAAUAGAAAUCAGGAAAUUCAAACUCUCUUUAUGGGUGGUAGUGUAUCUUUCUGACUGGAUCGUUUCCUUUCGUUUCUACCUCGGAAGUCUCACUGGGCCUUCAGCUAAGAGAUCAGGACUCAACCACGACUGAUGUUGUUGGGUUACGGAUGAUGGGACAACAAAUGAUACUACCUUUAAAUAUUAAGGGCGGGCGUGGUACCGCGGUCGCUGUCGACGCUUCAUCGUUUUCAGAGGAAGUCUCAUCGGAAUUAAGGGGAAAGCUAGUGAUGCGACGCCAACGAUCGGCGGGGUACGACAGCGACACGGCGGUGACUCUUAUGAUGACCACAAACUGCAUAUGGACCUCCUAUCCGUCGACUGAUACUGCUAGCCAGAAAGCCAUUGAAUGUCGAUCACGAAAGUAAGUAGUCUCAACGUGGCUCAUGUGGUGAUUAAUGAAAAGUCUUAUAUAUAAGACUUCAUAUUAGGUACUAUCAUGUAGGACGAAAGUCUGAGGACUAUUUUCCAUUAGCACUCAGGAAGAGCACCAGUAUACCUCGUGAGUCAAUGAGUAGUACGCCACAACCACUACCACCAGCAGCAGCACCACCACCGCCAAUGCUACUACUAGAUUAGGAGGAAGUUAUACAUGAUAGAUAUGUGACGCGGAUUCAUCGUGUGCAUCCACGAGGUUGGGCAGAAUGCUGAAAAGAAGCGAUGGGAGUUAGGGAAAGAAGCAUCUGCAGAACUGCGACAAAAGCUGGCAAUGCGCAGAACGGUGAUCAAAGAGCAAACGCCUGCAGAGAUAGGUCGUGGCCAACUUCCUCAUUUAUGUUAAGAGAAUGACCGCAAGAACGGGUACACACACGUGACACACUGUUUUUCUCUACUCUGAAGGGAGCGACUCGAAGUAGGUAGUGACUCGUGAGUGCUUCCUCACUGGAAGUAGUACGGCCUUACUUUUACUCUGGAAUGUUCGCUCUGCAUGUACUUUGCUAAUUAUGAAUUCUACGCAAUGUUGGGAAGGAUACACCUUUGGACCCGACGCGCGUCAGGCUUCUAGUACUACUGCCUCUGUGCGUGGGCAUAGCCAGCCGCACCCUCGCACGGGGAAGGAAAAAUACUCCAAAACUAAGGGAUCACACGAGCACGAUGGCUCAUUAAGGCUGUCGCACUGAUGAUUGUGUGUAGUUUUUUUAUGUAAAACUACAGCCAUUUUCAUGAUCGACAUUCAUACUAUUCGUUUUGAUUCUAAUGGCGUUUCUGCCUAUUAUAUUAUGAUCAGAGGUACAACUACCGAUUCCAAUGGCAAAGAAUAUUAUUUAGCGUGCGAAACUUUGUCUAAGGAUUUCUAGGGCGUGACUUGUUUUUGGUAAAGAUGAAUACCAACUUAGAUCAUGAUCACAAUCACGGUCGUGCGAUGGACGCGGUAAGCGGGACGUACUACUAAUUUCUUUCAUCGAUCUGUAUUUGUAGUUGCCGUCUCGUCAAUUGGUUUGGGUCUCUUGUAACUUACAUGUCUCCAGCUGUCUUUUCUAAGAAAUAUCCAGAGUCUGGAGGCUGAGAUUCGUGCCUUGUCAUUGGCAGACGACGUCGUCGUUCAGCAAGUGCGGGAGAAAACGAAGCCACCGACUGAACUUUAAGGGUAGUUUAUCACUAUCCCAUGUGGACUAUGCUGAGGGGAGUCCUCCUCGAUUUAAAUGGGGAACUGAGGGGCAAAGAGGGGAAACCACUCGACUCGGGAUAGUGAAAGUCUACCGUUAAGAACUAGAAGAGCGUCUUCAAAAGCAGAGGCUGCGCGCGGUUCUGCUCGGCCAAAGGAAAGUGGAUUACAAGACUUCUGGAGGACCACAGGAAGGGGGAUAUUCAGAAGAUGAAGGAGACCAUGAGGUUGAUGUUCAUGAAGGAACUAGAGCAGAUGUCCGUGUCAGCAAUGAUAAAAUAACAAUAGCCGCUAGCUGCACAGAAAAUGUUGACGGAGUUCCUGCUGUUGCUGCUGCUGUGCUGACGGAUAGAAAUGCUUCUGGAGCGGAAAGUCCUCGUGCUAGCAGUCCGGCUCCUGGUGUCACUCCAGCAAAUUAUGAUCUUCGUGACACGCCUUCGUUUGCUACAAUCAAAGGUCUCACUGCGCCGGAUAGUAGUACGCUUCCUGCGACAACUGGUGGAGUCGACAAGGAUCAUCGUAGGACCACGUCUUUUUCUGGCUCAAGGGAAAAAACAAGUGAUGGAGAUUCCUCGGACCGGCUAAAACCUUGGUUGGCACCGGAUACGAUAAGUUUAUGAAAUUUUCAUAGUAGGCUGAUGCUGUUCUUUAUCUUAAAAAUUUGGCAGCCGAGCAUACAUAUUGUGCACGUGAUCGAUGAACAAGACUCUUAUACAGUUUUUGCUGUGGAUCAUCCUCAGAGUAAAACCCACAUCAUGAUCAUCAUUCAUACAUUGCUCCUCCUCUAAGAACUGGCGUGAAUAAUGGUGUGGAUGAAGUGGACGCGAGUUUCAUCGAUUUUGUGCAGACCAGACUUCUUGCCAAAGUUAAACAGCUGGAUCGAGAUCGGAAAAGCGGCAUUAUCAAUCGUACGGCUAAAACAGAAUUGAGAACUUCUACCAGAUAAGUAAAGAAAGAUAAGCCAUAUCAACUUCGAGAAGUAGAUGAGCAAAGAAUGAGGAAUAAGGCAUAAAGACUGAUAUCUACUUACUGAAUAUAUUUUUUUAGAAGUGUUACUAACUUUCAAUUGUAACACGUAGGCUAAAGACUGACAUCCACUUACUGAGAAACGUCACUUUCAAUCGUACCUCUGGUGAACGGCGACGUUUGUAUCCGCAACUCGUCACAGCAAGACGCUAGGUUGUUCUCCCUCACGAUUAAUAAUUUUUCACCUCUUUCCCGCGCCCCUCACCUUGUGAACAGGAACAUCAAUUUUCAAUGGGUCAAUUCCUCAUUCAGUCAAUCAAUCCAUUAGCCUCACGGGACUUUCUAAACUUCGCUCAACGUCUGGUGAGAUGAAAGAUGCUCUGCUACCGCUGCUGGAAGAGAUGCUGGCAAAUGAGGAACUCCGCGGAAAAGAAGACCUACGGGCUCAUGAACAUUACGGUGCAGGACUGAUUUUCUUGAGAUGGUUGUAUUACUGGAACACUUCUCAGUGGAGUAGGCAAAAAAGAAUCAACUGCGUACUCAUGGUACAUUUUACCUUAGGGUCAGCUUUGAUCUUAUACAAAAGACUGGUUUGUCUUUGAUGUCCUAAAUACCUUCUUAUUAUUCACCACUUUCUGAGCGUCAUUUUUGCAACAACAUCUUCUAACGCUUGUUGUUUGAUUUGCUGGAAGAAGCGGAACUGCAGCAGGUGAUGGCUGCACGGGCUCGCUUUGGAGAACUGCGACGCGGAUACUUGCAGCAGCGGAUUCUGAAGGAAAAACAGAAGCGUUUAUAGUUCUAGGAGCAGGACGAAUAUAGUCCUAGGCUUUGUAGCUUCUAUGAGUAGCUAGUGGGUUUUGCUUCUUUGAAGGACAAACUGAAAUAUGUAGAACCAACUACCAUAUUAAGGGUGUGGGAAAUAUUAAGAUGGGAGGCUGUACUAGUGUAACUUGUGAUUCAAGAGAUGAAGGUCAAAAGUAAAAAAUACUUUCCGCUUGCGUAGUACGUCGCUCUGUGGGCCACGGAAAAGCAUGUCAUACAAAAUAAUACAUAGAAUGUAGCAGCAGGUCUAUUGUGGAAAAGAUAAAGAUGUAGUUGCGAAUCAGAAAAAUUUGAUGAAGCGGCACAAACAGUAGCUAAACUAUUGAUUCAUCAACAUUCUCAAAAAGAACUGAGUAAACUAAAACCCCAUGCGAAACCAAGACUUCCACUUUUUUUUGAAUUGUUUAAAUACAACAUAGAUUAUAUCUUUCUUUCCGUGAGAUUGUGUCCAUACGAAACUACGUUGUUGCCCUUUUCUGUGAUAGAAGGUAUGCUGACACUCUACUUUUCAGUAUAUCUUCACAAGAGAGGGAUCUCUUGUUUCUGUAUUGGAGACAUAGGUAGAGACUUCGAUAGCCUAGCUGCAAAAAGUGCGUACAGCAUUCGCCAUUAUUGCACUAGGGCGCUGAAAGAAGUAUUCUCUUUUAUGCAGGUGCCUCUUUCUCAUAUUGAAAUCUUUCUCCGAUUAGCAAUGUUUACCGUGAAAGACAUUUAGCGGGAUUCUUACUAUAGAUGGAGAACAAUACUACCUCUUUCUCAAGAACAAGUAAACUGAGGCUGCCAUGCUGAUGCGUGGAAAAUAUUUUGUGCUAUUCUGCUGUACAUUUACGAGUAGCUCUAAAUGAUAUCUAUGAAUUGAGCUCCAAGUGACUUCGGCAGCAGUGACGAAUUUCAUAACACCGCACAUGCUUCAUCUUCAACAUUGCCCACUAGCUGGAGUCAGCGCAGAUCUUCUGCGAGCAUCUGACCAAUUGACAAAGUAUAAGCGGCCGGCUAACGAGCGGCGGCGCUGGAUAACGGAG